AUGUAUUCCUGGAAGAACAGGUUCAAAUUCGGUAAAUCGAAAGAGGAGAAGGAAAAGGACAAAGAGACAAAACAUUCUGGCUUCUUUCAUCACAGUUCAAGUAGUACUUCUUUAUCUAAUCAAGAUGAACUUUCUCAUGAAAAAUCAAAAAGUAUUACGCCCAUAGAUUCAAGAAAGGAAACUAUAACUAAUUCCGACUCUGUAAUGGUGCCAACAAGAUCUUCCUACGACGCUAAUUCAUCAUCAACCUCGACCUUUGGCGCAGAUCCCAAUAUCAACAGGAAUUCCUCAAAUGCUACACCAGUGCAAAACAAUCAGACUUCUAGUUCAGGUAUAAUGACAAUAAAAAUAUAUAAUGGGAGCGAUUUUGUAUUACCCUUCCAUAUUACCUCGAAUGAACAGAUCUUGACAAAGUUGUUAGCUUCUGGUGCAAAUAGGCAAGAGGAACAAAAUAACCAACCAUUACCUAGUAUAGAUCAACUGGCAUCGCAAUUAUCAAAGGCUAAAAUAAGCGGCCAGAGCCCAAGUGGAGAUGAGGUUUUAAUUCCAGGUGAUGUUGCCUCGAAAUUUAUUCCAUCGACAAUUAAAUUACCGGGCUCUUCUAAUCUCAACCCUUUACUAUAUUUUACCAUUGAAUUCGAUAAUACAGUUGCCACCAUUGAACCAGAAUAUGGUACCAUGGAAAAGCCAACUUUCAAUAAGAUAUCAACUUUUGAUGUUACAAGAAAAUUAUCGUUUUUAAAAAUUGAUGUCUUUGCUAGAAUUCCAUCAAUUUUAUUACCAUCGAAGACGUGGCAACAUGAAGUUAGCUCUUCUAACCAAGCAUUGAAAGACAUUUUCCAUAGAAUUAGCUCUAAUCAAGAUAUUCAUCUCGAUUCAUUUCAAUUACCAUUGAAUUUGAAAAUUGACUCUGCUGCUAAUAUAAGACUUUAUAAUCAUCAUUGGGUCGAAUUGGAAAAUAGUUUGGGAAAGAUAAAUUUAAGUAUUGAUUAUAAACCAAGCAAAAAUAAAGCGCUAUCUAUUGAUGACUUUGAUCUUUUGAAAGUCAUUGGGAAAGGUUCAUUUGGGAAAGUUAUGCAAGUAAGAAAGAAGGAUACCCAAAAAAUAUAUGCUUUAAAGGCAAUUAGAAAGUCAUACAUCGUAUCUAAAUCCGAAGUUACUCAUACUUUAGCCGAGAGAACUGUACUCGCCAGAGUAGAUUGUCCAUUUAUCGUCCCUUUAAAAUUUUCUUUUCAAUCACCAGAAAAACUGUAUCUUGUUCUAGCCUGUAUUAACGGUGGUGAAUUAUUUUAUCACUUACAAAGAGAAGGUAGAUUUGAUCUAUCUCGUUCUAGGUUCUAUGCUGCUGAAUUGUUAUGCGCUUUGGAGACUCUACAUAAAUUCGAUGUCAUUUAUCGUGAUCUAAAACCUGAGAAUAUUCUGCUAGAUUAUCAAGGUCACAUUGCACUAUGUGAUUUUGGUCUUUGUAAAUUAAACAUGAAGGAUGAUGAUAAGACUGACACUUUCUGUGGUACCCCAGAAUAUUUAGCUCCAGAACUGUUACUGGGUCAAGGAUACACAAAAGUUGUUGAUUGGUGGACACUUGGCGUGCUGUUAUAUGAAAUGCUAACUGGUCUUCCACCUUAUUACGAUGAAGAUGUUCCAAAAAUGUACAAAAAAAUUUUACAGGAACCACUAAGGUUCCCUGACGGAUUCGAUAAAGAUGCAAAAGAUCUUUUGAUUGGUCUCUUGAGUAGAGAUCCAACAAGGAGACUUGGGCUAAAUGGUGCUGACGAAAUCAAGAAUCAUCCUUUCUUCAGCCAGUUGAACUGGAAGCGUUUACUAAUGAAAGGUUACAUACCACCUUACAAACCAUCAGUCAGUAACGCCAUGGAUACAAGCAAUUUCGAUCAAGAAUUUACUCAGGAAAAGCCUAUUGAUUCUGUUGUUGAUGAAUACUUGAGUGAAAGUGUACAGAAACAAUUUGGUGGUUGGACCUAUGUCGGUUCAGAACAACUGGGAAGCUCUGUCAUUCAGGGGAGAAGCAUCAAAUGA